CCCAACCCGAGGAGGAGGGGGAAGAGGGCGGUCGUCCGGGGUUAGGUUGAGGGGGUUGUUGGUCCGUUCUGGGCGGGGGAUGACUCACGGCCCAUCCCAUCUCCCCGACGCCGUCCGCCCGCGCAGAGCUCUCUCCAUGGCUUAGCGGAGGAGGCGGUGGCGAGCGGGGGAGGGGACUCUUAAUUUGUUAGGGGGACCGGGCCGAGGCCCGACCGGCCUUGCAGGGCUCACCCGGGGCCGGGCGUCAUGUCUCAUGCGGCCGAGCCAGCUCGGGACGGCGUAGAGGCCAGCGCGGAGGGCCCUCGAGCCGUGUUCCUGUUGUUGGAGGACCGCAGGCCGGCCGACUCAGCCCAGCUGCUCAGGUUGUACACGUGAUUGUUAGAUCGAGGAGCUGGGAUCCAGGCUUAUUAUUUUGAAUCUUAAGGAACUAUGGCCUGAACUCUUUGCUUCCGGAGUCCGGGAUUGUUGCUGACAUCGAGUUAGAAAACGUCCUUGAUCCUGACAGCUUCUACGAGCUCAAAAGCCCACCCCUAUCGCUACGCUCAAGCCUCCCAAUAUCACUGCAGGCCACACCAGCCACCCCAGCUACACUGUCUGCAUCAUCUUCUGCCGAGGGCUCCAGGACCCCUGCCAUGUCGUCGUCGUCUUCAUCACGGGUCUUGCUGCGGCAGCAGCUAAUGAGGGCCCAGGCCCAGGAACAGGAGAGGCGUGAGCGUCGGGAACAGGCCUCUUCCUUCCCUAGUCCUGCACCUGCCUCUCCCGCCAUCUCUGUGGUUGGCGUCUCUGCUGGGGGCCACACACUGGGUCGUCCUCCCCCAGCUCAGGUGCCCAGGGAGGUGCUCAAGGUGCAGACCCAUCUGGAGAACCCAACACGCUAUCAUCUACAGCAGGCGCGCCGACAGCAGGUGAAACAGUACCUGUCCACCACACUUGGGCCCAAGCUGGCUUCCCAGGCCCUCACCCCACCACCAGGGGGUGCUAGUGCCCAGCCGCUCCCCACCCCCGAGGCUGCCCACGCUCCUGGCCCCACCAGCAGUGCUCCCAACAGCCCCAUGGCGCUGCUCACCAUCGGGUCUAGCUCAGAGAAGGAGGUGAGUGGCUGCAGACGACCCUCACAUGUUCCCCCUACCCCAGCUUCUUCUAAUGCUCCUCUGUAUUUCUCCCAGAUUGACGAUGUCAUCGAUGAGAUCAUUAGCUUGGAGUCCAGUUACAAUGAUGAGAUGCUCAGCUAUCUGCCUGGAGGCAACACGGGGCUGCAGCUCCCUAGCACACUGCCUGUGUCGGGGAAUCUGCUUGAUGUGUACAAUAAUCAGGGCGUAGCCACGCCAGCCAUCACUGUCAGCAACUCCUGUCCAGCUGAGCUGCCCAAUAUCAAACGGGAGAUCUCUGAGACGGAGGCCAAGGCCCUUUUGAAGGAACGGCAGAAGAAAGACAAUCACAACCUGAUUGAACGUCGCAGGCGAUUCAACAUUAACGACAGGAUCAAGGAGUUGGGCACCCUCAUCCCCAAGUCCAGUGACCCGGAAAUGCGCUGGAACAAGGGCACCAUCCUAAAAGCCUCCGUGGAUUACAUCCGCAAGUUGCAGAAGGAGCAACAGCGCUCCAAAGACCUGGAGAGCCGGCAGCGAUCCCUGGAGCAAGCCAACCGCAGCCUGCAGCUCCGAAUCCAGGAGCUGGAGCUGCAGGCCCAGAUCCAUGGUCUGCCGGUGCCUCCCACCCCAGGGCUGCUCUCGCUGGCUGCAACUUCAGCCUCUGACAGUCUCAAGCCAGAGCAGCUGGAUGUUGAAGAGGAAGGCAGGCCAGGCACAGCAAUUUUUCAUGCAACAGGGGGCCUUGCCCAAAGUGCUCCCCAUCAGCAGCCGCCACCACCACCCUCAGAUGCACUUCUGGACCUGCACUUUCCCAGCGACCACCUGGGGGAUCUGGGGGACCCCUUCCAUCUGGGGCUGGAGGACAUUCUGAUGGAGGAGGAGGAGGGGGUGGUGGGGGGACUGUCAGGGGGCACCCUGUCCCCACUGCGAGCUGCCUCUGAUCCCCUGCUUUCUUCAGUAUCCCCCGCAGUCUCCAAGGCCAGCAGUCGCCGCAGCAGCUUCAGCAUGGAAGAGGAGUCCUGAUCACGCCUCACCCCUCCCCUGGGACUUCCCCACCCAGGAAGGGAGGACCUGUCAGGAUGAGGCCCCACCUUUUCCCCCACCUUUCCAUGAGACUGCCCUGUCCAGGUGUACCCCGGGGAAAAGGAGACUUGAUGAGGCCCCACCUCUUCCCCACAGGAAAGGCCAGUGCAGGUGUUCAGGCAUGGAGAAGGUAGGGACAUCAGGGCCUGUCUCCUGCAGAUCACAGCCUGACCUUGUCCCGUGGCACCCGCCCUUGCCCAGGUGAGGGAAAGAAAUGGGAUGAGGUUGGCCCCUGGCCCCUAGGGACUGUCCUAGCUGGUUUCCUGGGAUAAAGAGGUGUCUGGAUACUGCUCCAUCCCCUCUCUUGGAACCACCAGUCUAGUCCAUCCUGGGAAGGAAGAGGAGUCAAAAUGAUGGCUGUCCCAGCUUAAGUGUUUAAGCCCUGUCCCUUCCCCUGUGAAUCCUGCCCUGCCCAGGCAAGGAGCAGAAGUGAGGAUUAGAGCCAGCCGCUUCACCUGGGAACUCAGUCCUGGCCUUGUAACAAUGGAGGACUCAGGCCCUGCCCCUUCCCUAUAGGAACAACUCAGCGCAGGUAUUUCAGGUGUGGAGGAGUCAGUAAGAUCAGGCAGCUUUGUGGACAUCACAGUUUUUGUCUCUUAGCAAUAUCCCAUCUAGCAUUCCAUACUGCAGGGAGGAGUGGUACUUAAGCUCCCCCCGAGCCCCCCCCCACCCCAUCUUAACCUGGGACCAACUUGAUCUAACCUAAGAGGGCUUUAAGCUGGCCUUGCCCUUGAAGAAGGGGGCAGAUCUUGAAAUCUUGUGGGUUGACAUUCCAGACCUAGAUCAGCAGUGAGUGAGAGUUAGACCCCGCACCCUUAGGCAGAGUGUUGUUUUGUUCCUUUCAGCGGUAGACUGGAGAGGUGAUGGAGAUUAGGGAGUACUUGGUCCAGUUUUACACAAUCAGCACCACAGUGUUCUUUUUCAACAUGUAGAGGAACAGGAUGAAGGAAGGGACCUUUCCAGGGAGUUCCCCAGCCCGGGAACAAGUGGAAGCCUAUCCCACCAAGACAGAGGCAUAGGGGGAGGAUUGCAAAAGCAUACAUACCCACUCUUCUGUUUAUCUGAUUUUUUGACUCCCACCCCCUACUCAGAAGCUAAGUCACCCCCAACCUCUGGCCUCCACCCAGUUCUCCAUUUGGAGAAAUCCUCCCCAUUUCAGAGUUAUCAAGAGACACUCCCUGCUCAUCCCCAUCCCUCCCACACAUAUACCCAAGGUUGUCAGCUUUGAAUUGUUGGGGCCAUGCCCCGAGGAGGGUGUUCUGAGGGGUUUGUAAGUUUGUGAUUAAUAAAUGCUAGGCGUGUUUGAUGCGCUUUUAACUUUGGCAAA